AUGGAUACUUUUGACAAUUUCGCUCGUGAACACGGAAUGAAUAUUAAAGAAGGUUUUAGAUAUAUUGCGACUAAGAUUUAUCAACAUAAUCCGUAUUUUUAUAAAUAUUAUGAUAAUAUUUUUAAAAAUGAAAAUCAAUCGGGAAUUGAAGAAUUGUUUCUCAAAGCUGAAAAUGCUAUUAUGGUUUCAGAAAUUACGAAUGAUAAUGAAGCCAUUAGCUUAAUUAACAAAGUCAUUAGAGUUGAAUAUGAUCAAAUUAAAACCCCUAUUACAAUUAAAGAAGCUUUAAAUUGUUUAAAGCUGCGUGAUCGGGCACAUUUUACUCAAGGAAUUAAAGAAAUUAAUGAUUUUAAUUUCUUGAAUUAUAAUGGAACUGAAUAUGCAAUUAAACAUGAUGAUGAUUCAAUCAAUUAUAUUAAAUUGAAACAUUUUAAUUUAAUUAAAAACGUU